AUGUCACAAACAGCUCGCCGAUUCGCUCAAAUCGUCAAACUGAGGCCUCAGCACCUCGCUGAGUACAAGGAGGUUCACGCCAGAGUCUGGCCCGACGUCCUCAAGCAGAUCCAAGAGUGCAAUAUUCGAGACUACAGCAUUUUCUACGAUGACCAGAGCCACAUUCUCUUCGCCUCGUUCAAAUACAUCGGCUCAGAUUACAGUGGCGACAUGGAAAAGAUGGCAAAGAACCCCCGUGUGAGGGAAUGGUGGAAGAUGACAGACGCUUGGCAGGAGAGUCUCGUGCCUGGUGCAGUGAGCUCUGAGGCUGGCGAGCCUUCUUGGUGGAAGCCAGUUGAGGAGGUCUUUUAUCAACCUUAA